AUGGUGGACUUUCCGUUUCCAAUAUCAUAUCAAAAUGUAAUAAAACCACAAGCCAAAUUGAUAAAGACCAAUUUAACAGUGGAUAUCGGAAGAGGGGUCGUGUCACAUCCAGAAGAGAACUGUAACAAGAUAAAAAGGAGCCAGACGUGGAAUGCCAGAAUACCUACUGGGUAUAUAAAUGGAAGUCACUGGGUAUCUCUGAUAUGUAACAAUACUCUCAAUAUCGCAUCCCUCAGAUCCUGUUUAAACAACACCAACCUUAUUAUGUCUGGUGACUCUACCACGCGGCAGUAUUACCAGUACCUAACUUCCAAGAUUGUUCCCGACUGUAAACAGAUAACCAAAAAAUGGACCACGCCAAAAUGGCACGAACCGGCUAAAUGUGAAUCUAAAACUAGAAACCUGACGAUUUUAUGGAAUCCCCAUGAAUUACCCUUUGUAAACGCAAAACGAGAAGGUCAAAUUACCAACCUAAAGUCUACUGUAGAAAUUGUGAAUGGAAUUAAGUCCGGUGAAAAUGUUGUAUUCGUUAUACAUUACUAUUGUCAUUUGAUUCGUAAUCACUACACUAUUUUCAUUAAUCAACUUCGUAUUCUUAAAGAGAGUGUAAAGAAAGUUUUACUGCGAAACAAACAAGUUAAAAUUUUGAUUAAGUCUCCUUAUGCAUUCGAUGUCCAAGAUUGCAAAACACAGAUAAGUGAUCUGCACGCAAAGAUAUAUGUUGAAAUUAUAAAAAGAGAACUGCGAGAAUUUCAAGAUUCGAUAGUGUAUAUGAACAUCUGGGAAAUGAGUGUAGCUAUGGAACAGAUUGGUAUACACCCGAAAGAAAAUGUUUUAUGGGAACAUAUACAAAUGAUGUUUGGUUAUAUAUGUAAGUGA